AUGGCAACAACUACCACCACAACCAGCAACAGCUACCACCACACCCGGCAAAAGCUACCACCACACAUGGCAACAACUACCACCACAACCAGCAACAGCUACCACCACACCCGGCAAAAGCUACCACCACACAUGGCAACAACUACCACCACAACCAGCAACAGCUACCACCACACCGGCAAAAGCUACCACCACACAUGGCAACAACUACCACCACAACCAGCAACAGCUACCACCACACCCGGCAAAAGCUACCACCACACAUGGCAACAACUACCACCACACCCAGAAACAGCUACCACCACACCCGGCAACAGCUACCACCACACCUGGCAACAACUACCACCACACCCAGCAACAACUAUCACACCCAGCAACAACUACCACCACAUCUGGCAACAACUACCACUACACCCGGCAACAACUACCACACCCAGCAACAACUACCACCACACCCAGCAACAAGCUACCACCACACCUGGCAACAACUACCACCACAUCCGGCAACAACUACCACACCCAGCAACAACUACCACCACACCCGAUAACAACUUCAGUGCUCUGUGA